GUUAUUUCUUCAGUGUGAGGGCUGUAAGUUUAACAAAAUUAAGUUAAUUAUGGAUUCUUCUGCAUUUACAUCGGAAAAUGAGUCAUUAAGUGAAGUGGAAACACUAAAGCAACAGCUCAACACAUAUAAAAUGAUCAAUGCAGACUUGUCGAAGAAAAUCCAGCAGUUAAAAGUGGAAUUAAAUGCAUUUAAGCAAGAAAAUUCGGUAAUCAAAAGACAAGUGCUUGAAGAGCGAGCUAAAUCAGUUGAAUACAGACAGCUCUUCACAACUAUGAAUACACAUUGCAUUAAUUUCAUUAAUACUUAUGUGAAUUCAAUGCAACAAAUCAAUGAGAACGAUGCAAGCUUAAUCGAUGCAAUUCCAGGCAUACUAGGAACUCCAAAAAGUGACGAUGAUCAUGAUAGUCCUCAAAAUUUGACAGUCGUUCCACAAAUUGAAAGACCCCAAAGAGCAGCACAGCAUACAGUUCGAUCUCAGUUACGUGCUGCACUUAAUGAGGAUGAAAAUGCUGGCAGUAAUGUCUUGAAUACUAUUUUAGAAGAAUCAAUGCCAAUAUUUACGUCCACACCGAUUGUUCCGAAUAGAGCUGUAUCUGCAAAUUUAGGAUCUCCAAUUCCGUUUAUUACUCCGUCACCAGCAACUCCGAUCAUCCCUCAAAAUAUGUUUAAAUCACCAAAGAAGGGAAAUUUAAAUCUUCAAACGCCAGUGAUUCCUCAAAGUAUGUUUAAAUCGCCAAAAAAUCAAGAUUUGGAUCUAGCAACGCCAGUGAUUCCUCAGAGUAUGUUUAAGUCACCAAAAAAUAACAAUACGGCUCUGGAAACGCCAGUGAUUCCUCAGAGUAUGUUCAAAUCACCAUUAAAUCAAAAUUCCGUUCCAGAAGUUACACCACAUGACACAAGUGAAACUGUGCUGGAAACGCCAAAAUCACAAGCAAUUCCUUCAACUCGUAGAUAUCCAGUUGAUUCUGAAGAUGAAAUUGCAGAGUAUCAGACUGAUGGUGAAGACAUGACAGAACAGACUGUUCAGCAUGACACGAUUAAAGAAGUUAAAAGCCUUCGAGUUGCUUUAUCUCCACUAAAAAGUGCUUAUUUACGAAAUAACAACAACAAUAAUACCCACAUAGAAUCUCCAGAAUAUGAAAGCUAUGAGGAUGAAUCAACAAUCGGAAGUAGUCAAUUUACAGAAAACAGCUCAAGAGCAUUAAAACGAAAGAGUAGUGAAAGUGGUCGUCCGAGACGUAAAGCAAGACCUGAUCCAAAAUCAUUAAAGGAGCCAUCCCUGCGAACAAAAUUGCGACGAAGCAAGAGGAAAGCUUAAAUGUCUGAACUGACUUUUCAGAUCUACCGUAACUAUUAACCUUUACUUCUCAGUAUUUUAUAUCUACGAACAACAGCUUGUUCAUAGUCUUAAGUUGCAUUUGUUUCUAUUUAAAAGAUUUAAUAUAAAUGGUUGAUUCAUAUGUUAUAGGACGUUUUGAGGCUAGUCAUAACUGGAGCUCAAGAAUAUCUCAACUUAAUAAAACUUACAAAGAUUUACUUAAUAUUUUCAAUUGAA